GGGCCGCACGGAGCCGCUCCCCGGGCCUAGCGAGGCCGGCAGCUGGCGGAUGUGGGCUGAGGUGUUGCUUCUGCCCUGCAGGGCUCGGCUGCUUCCGCCUCUUCGGCUGCGGCACCGCGCGGCGCGCGCCAUGAGGCUGCAAUCCCCGCAGUUCCAGGCGCUCUUCACACCGGGGCUGCGCAGUGUGGCAGAAUUGUUUGAGAAGAAGAACUACGAGCUGAGAAUCGCGGGAGGGGCCGUGAGGGAUUUGCUGAGCGGAAUGACGCCUCAAGAUGUGGAUUUCGCCACUACGGCUACACCCGAAGAGAUGAAGGAGAUGUUCACGUCUGCUGGGGUUCGGCUGAUCAAUAACAAAGGAGAAAAACACGGAACCAUCACGGCCAGGCUCCAUGAACAGAAUUUUGAAAUUACCACUCUCAGAAUAGAUAUUGUCACCGAUGGACGCCACGCAGAGGUGGAAUUCACCACCGACUGGGAAAAGGAUGCUGAAAGGAGGGAUCUGACCAUCAAUUCCAUGUUUUUAGGCUUGGAUGGGAUGCUGUAUGAUUUCUUUAAUGGAUAUGAAGACUUAAAGAACAAGAAAAUAAGAUUUGUGGGAAAGGCAAGCGCAAGAAUACAAGAAGAUUAUUUACGAAUCCUAAGAUAUUUCAGGUUUUAUGGGAGGAUUGCAGAAAAACCUGGCGAUCACGAAUCGAGCACCCUGCAAGCAAUUAAAGAAAAUGCCAAAGGUUUGGCUGGGAUAUCAGGAGAAAGGAUUUGGGUGGAACUGAAAAAAAUUCUAAUUGGAAACCACGUAAAUCAUUUGGUUCGACUUCUGUAUGAGCUGGACGUCGCUCAAUACAUAGGUUUACCAGGUAAUGGAAAUCUGGAGGAACUUGACAGAGUCAGUAAAAAUACUGAAAAUUUGUGUCCAAAACCCAUGACUGUUCUGACGUCAUUGUUCAAGGUGAAGGAUGAUGUAACAAACCUUGAUUUGAGGCUGAAAAUCUCAAAAGAGGAGAAGAACCUUGGCUUCUUUCUGCUGAAACACCGUGAGGAGUUAACUAAAGCGACGGGGCCAGAACCACUGAAACCAUAUCAAGACUUCAUAAUGGAUUCUAGGGAAGCAAAUACGAUUUCCAAAAUAUUAGAACUGCUGAAGUACCAGGGAGAAGAGCAGCUUUUAAAAGAAAUGCAGCAGUGGACUGUUCCUACUUUUCCUGUCAGUGGCCAUGAUCUGCGGAAAAUGGGCAUAACUUGUGGGAAAGAAAUUGGCUCAGCACUGCAGCAGUUACGGGAGGAAUGGAAGAAGAGUGGGUACUGCAUGGAUAAAGAAGAGUUGUUAAGUUGUGUGAAGAAAGCGUAAAAGGCUGAUAGCAGCAAACAUUUCCUGAAAUGAAAGUUCAGAGGAAGUAGAAAGUUCAGAGUCAAGUCUGUCCAAAUGAACUCAUUUCCUGGCGUCUCGUGCCACCUUCUCUCCACAGCUGUCAUUCUUAAGAAUCAACCUUCAGUCCUCAGCGUGUCUGAAACAACGUAACGUGCUGCACACUGAAGGCAAAGCGUUCUGGGCUGCGAGUUCUUGUUUUGUUGGUUUUUAAGUGAGCAUCAAAAGCAGAACUAAGCGGAUGUAUCUAAGAGACAGAGUACUCCCUGUUCAUCUCCAAAGCAGGGGACUGGAUUACAGGCAGAGUAAUGGAGAUCUGUCAUGGCCCAACUCGUCCUCUGCUUCUGGAAUCCGAGGCAGGAGAGCAGACCGUGUCAAUCCCCAGAAUUUCUGUGGUGACAUAUCCUUUUUGGUAGCUGUGAACUUCCAGCCCAUAUGGUUCCCACAGAUUCUGCACUGUGCUAUAGUCCAGGCGUACCUGUCAAAAAAAAAACCAAACAAACCAAAACCUUCAAGGAGAGAAAGUUCUUAAAGCAUUCGGGAUAGAAGAAUGAUUUCUGAUAGUAUGUCACAGAAAGGACCACACAGAUAAGUGAUUUGGUAAAAAAAAAACACACAGCUAUAAAGAAUGGUUUUGUGAAACUGUAAUUCAAACACAAUUUCACAUUUCUGCUCUUGUUAAGAGGUAAAGUAUUUAAAGGUUUGAAUGUAUGCCUGAAGUGUGCUUAUCUAAAGCAACAAAUGGCAUUUUGGCACAAGACUAUUAUAUUAGGCAGAUUGUUACAUCUUGACAAUUAAUUUGGCCAUUUUUCCAGACAGCAAGACCAUUUAAAGAUUCAGUGGUAAUCAGUGCUUCAGUGGUAAUCUGAUUAAGACAGAGUCAGUAUAAAAUACUGUAACAUUCAUUCAGUUCAGGUCUUAAAAAUAAAAACCAACAAAAAACCCUCAGUAGAGUAACUGCGCUUAUGCACUGUGUUUGCCAUAGUGGAAUAGGAAAAUUUGCAACCAAAUUUAUGACUGUUACUAAUAGCUGAACAGUAUUACCCAGGAAACCAGCUGUGUUCUGUUGAUGGUCGUCCACUGAGAUUCAAAUUGCAGGCUUUAUAUACAGUAAGGGUUUCAUGGAUGUAACCAUGAGGAUUCACAUACGCUGCCAUGGGUCCACAUAAGGAUAAACUGUAAAACACAGUUAAAAAUUCUGUCAGAGUUUGAGAAAAGGUGUUCAGACAUUCAUUGCCCAAGUAAGGAUUACAAUAUUCUCAUGUUCAGCUGCACCUUGCCCAGCUGUUUGUUAAAGGUAAUGAGUUAUUAGAGAGCAGCUGAUAGGACGUUGUUAUGGGAUCCACCCCAUUUAAGGGGGUUAUCAUCACGUUGCCCUCAAAACCCGAGUCUCUAUCAUGUGCUUUAAUUGAUUAGGAGCAAUAAACUCACCUGAAUAUUUCA